CAUGUGAAAUAAAACGAUAAUUUAAUGUUUUAUUGCAAAAAUUAAUGUAAAUAAAAGAAAAGGGAUGAAAGCGAGUGAAAAACCCAGUUACACAACCUUCCAUGGUUGCGAUUGAAGGCAUUUUUUUUAAUUACCCAGUUUCUUAUUUAUCUUGCUUUCAGUCUUCUUUCCUUGUUUCACUGUCACUCAACCAAUUUCUUUCCUUUUAUUGGCCCAGAUCUCAGCUACCCAUUUCUCAUAUUCGGUCCCUAAUGGCAGAUCUCAGGUUUUCCUUCGCUGAAACUUUUCUUUGCAGUGCUUUUGCUGCUUGUUUUGCUGAGUUCUGUACCAUUCCUUUGGACACUGCCAAAGUCAGACUCCAGCUCCAAAAGAAAGCUGUUGGUGAUGAAGUUAAUUUUCCAAAAUAUAGUGGUUUGCUGGGUACUUUGGCUACCAUUGCUAGGGAAGAACGUUUGUCAGCACUUUGGAAAGGAAUAGUUGCUGGUUUGCAUCGCCAAUGCAUUUAUGGAGGUCUAAGGAUUGGGUUAUAUGAACCUGUCAAAACUUUAUUAGUUGGCGCUGAUUAUGUUGGGGAUAUUCCUUUGUACCAAAAAAUUAUUGCAGCUUUAUUGACUGGUGCUAUAGCUAUUACAGUCGCUAAUCCAACUGAUCUUGUUAAAGUUCGGCUGCAAGCGGAACGAAAAUUGCCUGCGGGGAUUGCUAGGCGUUAUUAUGGGACUUUGGAUGCUUACCGCACAAUAGUUAGAGAAGAAGGACUAGCGGCUCUGUGGACUGGUCUUGGACCCAACAUUGCACGAAAUGCCAUUGUAAAUGCUGCAGAACUAGCCAGUUAUGAUCAAGUGAAACAAACAAUUUUGAAAAUUCCAGGAUUCUCGGACAAUAUCCUAACUCAUCUUCUAGCAGGUCUUGGUGCAGGUUUCUUUGCUGUCUGUAUUGGUUCUCCAAUUGAUGUGGUAAAAUCGAGAAUGAUGGGAGAUACUGCCUACAAAAACACUCUUGAUUGUUUCUCUAGAACUUUGAAGAAUGAGGGAUUCCUUGCCUUUUACAAGGGUUUUGUUCCUAAUUUUAGCCGGCUGGCAUCCUGGAAUGUGGUUAUGUUUUUGACUCUUGAGCAAGCCAAGAAAGCAUUCCGGGGGGAAAUAUAUUAUGAUUGAUUUUAGUUUGCAACCAGGAAGACACACUGCUUGCUUAUUGUCCCUUGAAUUCUCAAGGAGUAAUUUUUUUUUAACAAUGAAUAAGGUAUGCAUUGCAUUGCCUUCUUCCUUUUCCUUAGAUAAAGUAGUGUUAUUGUAACUGUUUAUGUUACCCAGAAAUCUUUCAGUUUUU